AUGUCUUUCUUAUCGAAAGGCCGAAUACUGAGCUCCAGCGUUGGCCGCCUCAGCGCAGCUCAGAGCACACAGGCAUGGUGCCUCAACCUUCGGCAAACCUCGGCUGCCCUCCCACGGCCACGAUCCUACGCGACAACGCUUGAGUCAAGCCCCAAGGGCCUCGUUCUCCAGAGCACCGAUUCUGGAUCGCCAGUGAAAGCCGAGUUGUCCAAGAUAUGGCUCCGCGACAACUGCUGUUGCGCUCAGUGCGUAAACCAGGAUACCCUGCAGCGCAACUUUGACACCUUUGCGAUACCCAAGGACAUCUCACCUGCGGAAAUCUCGCCCAAGUCUGACGGUGUCGACAUACUAUGGUCGGACUCUCAUAGGAGCCACUAUACUUGGUCUUGGCUGAGUAGUAAUCUCCAGCGCACCAAGCAUAAGGACCUCUCAAAUCAAGAUGACAGAAGCUUAUGGGGCGCAACCAUAUCUUCAGCUCCUCCAGAGGUCGACUUUGCUAGUGUCAUGAACCGCUCCUCUUCUAAGGGAAUGACCGAGCUGACCAGCAAGAUUGUCUGUAUAUGCUGCAUUCCCACGAUGCAAUGGUGGAAAACUCACCAGAAGCAGCGCCGAUACGGUUUUUGUUUCGUCGUCAACUCCCCCAAGACGCCAGAAGAUACCGAGAAGCUCCUAGAAAGCAUUGGCCCCAUUCGAAAUACUCAUUACGGGGGCUUUUACGACUUCAUCCCCAAUCUUGCCCUCGCUGAUACGGCUUACACCAAUCUGGCCCUCCCAGCACACACGGACACGACCUAUUUUACGGAACCCGCGGGUCUACAAGCCUUCCACCUGUUGUCUCAUACACCGCCCACGAACAAGCCCGCGUCAGAGGUGCUGGGCGGACAAUCGCUGCUGGUAGACGGAUUUCACGCUGCUGAGACGCUCAAGAGGGAGUCGCCAGAAGAAUUUGAGAUACUGCACAAGGUCAAGCUCCCGUGGCAUGCGAGCGGCAACCAGGGCGUGGCGAUUGCACCAGACAUGGCAUAUCCUGUGAUUGAGAUCGAUGGCGACAAGCUGCACAGGAUCAGAUGGAACAACGACGAUCGCGGUGUUGUUCCCCUGGAUGUCGACGUUGAUGCGUGGUAUGAAGCGGCGCGAAGAUGGGAUGAGAUCCUGAGGCGUAAAGAUCACGAAUACUGGUUUCAGCUGGAGCCGGGGCGAGUACUGAUCUUUGAUAACUGGCGAGUGCUCCACGGGAGAAGCGCAUUUGAGGGAUUGCGGCGCAUCUGCGGCGCCUAUAUUCCCCGCGAUGACUUUAUUUCGCGCUGGAAAUUGACCAACUUUCCGCGUGAGGAUGUGAUUGCCUCUAAUAUGCAACUGCGGUAA